CCAAAACUUGAAAUUCCGAAAAUGAUGUCCAUAACCUCCCUCUGUGAAAGCCAUGGAGUUUGAAGGUUAGUCCCAAAAAAAUUAGGUACGGUCGUGGGAAGAACGAGAAAGAAAGUUGAACCCCCGCCAUCAAACUUAUUACACAUUCAUUUCUCACCAAACCCACAAAAACCAGAAAUUGAAGAGAGUGAAGAUUGAAAGAAAGAGCUUCAAUCCCCAAAACCCAUCAUCUUCUUCCUCAAGAAACUACUGAAAAUGGAUUCCAAGAACCAAACCCUAGAAGACCCAGAAUCCCAAACACCAUUAGAGGACCAAAACCAGCUUGUUCCCACUGUACCCUUUGCUUCAAUCUCUGUUUCUCUCUCUACAAUCCUCCCUACCCACUUCCUCCUUCCUCCCAAAAUCUCUCCUUUUCUUGCCACUCAUCCCAACAAGGUUAAAAUCCCCUCUCAAAUCUCGUCUCUCUCUCACCUCUCUAUCUCCUCUUCUCUCUCCCCUCCAAAACCAUUCUUCAAAUCCACCAUCUCCUCAAACCCUCUCCAAAACCCUCUUUCUCUAAACCCUCGCCGCCCUUCCGAUCCUUCCAACGCCGCCGGAAUUCGCCGAGCCUCCGUCGUUUGGUUCCGAAACGAUCUUCGAGUUCACGACAAUGAGUGCCUCAAUUCAGCCAACAAUGAGUCCAUGUCUGUCCUUCCCGUUUACUGCUUCGACCCCAGAGAUUAUGGGAAAUCAUCAUCUGGGUUCGAUAAAACUGGGCCUUACCGCGCCUCGUUCUUGAUUGAAUCGGUUUCAGACCUUAGGAAGAACCUUCAGGCAAGAGGGUCUGAUCUUGUGGUGAGAAUUGGGAAGCCUGAGAUGGUUUUAGUGGAAUUGGCGAAGGCGAUUGGGGCCGAGGCAGUGUAUGUAAACAGAGAAGUUUCGAAUGAGGAGGUUAAGGCGGAGGAGAAGAUUGAGGCGGCAAUGAGGGAUGAAGGGGUAGAAGUGAAGUACUUCUGGGGAAGUACUUUGUUUCAUGUUGAUGAUUUGCCAUUUAAAUUGGACGAAAUGCCGACGAAUUAUGGUGGGUUUAGGGAGAAAGUUCAGGGAUUGGAAAUUAGGAAGACGAUGGCAGCGUUGGAUCAAUUGAAGGGGUUACCGUCUGGGGGAGACGUGGAAGCGGGGGAGAUUCCAUCUUUGGUUGAAUUGGGUCUCAACCCAAAUGCAACAUUGGGUCAGGACGGAAAACUGUCAGCCAAUGCUUCUAUGGUGGGAGGAGAAACUGAAGCACUUCAGAGGCUUACAAAAUUUGCUGCUGAUUGCCAAGCACAACCAAAUGAGGGAACCAAGAAUGGCAAUGACAACAGCAUAUAUGGUGCAAACUUUUCCUGCAAAAUCUCGCCAUGGCUUGCCAUGGGAUGCCUCUCUCCCCGAUCAAUGUUUGAUGAACUGAAGAAAUCUGUUUCCAGGACAAUUUCUGCUGCCUCGAACCGGAAAGGUGGUGGUAGUGGUUCAUCUGAUACUGGAACAAACUGGUUGAUGUAUGAGUUGUUAUGGAGGGAUUUCUUCAGAUUCAUCACCAAGAAAUACAGUUCUGCUCGGCAACACAAUGCUACCCCAAUCGCAGCUUGUACAGGCGCCAAUGCUUAAGGAGAAGCAUAUAUUAGUGCCUGCUUAAGGAGGAGGAUUAGUGGUGAAAGGGAAAAUCUAUUCUGGGAGGGAGUUUCUCUCAGUCAUUAAUCACAAUCCAUCCUGUAGCUGUCAAAGUGUUUGGAUUAGGGUUCUUUUAAAAGUGAGUUUUUUCCUUCUUGGACUAGUGUUAUCACUCUCAAAAUAACUAAAUAUGGAAGCUUCUUGAGAUUGUCAGUCAAAUCCUUUGGAUGUUACGUGCCUCCUUGUGAAUAACAGGUCCGUUUGAUUCUGCUUUUAUUACUUUGUUAAUGGCUGGUUGCUCCUAAUGUGUCAAUCGCAGAGGCUUUGAAGAUA